AUGCCCACCCGCCGCAUCGCCCAAAUCGUCCACCUCAAGCCCUCCGCCAUCGCCGCAUACAAAGAAUGUCACGCGAACGUAUGGCCCGAAGUCCUACAGCAGAUCAAGGAGUGUAAUAUCCGCGAUUACUCCAUCUUCUUCGAUAAUGAGCGGACGCUGUUCGCAACGUUCAAAUAUGUCGGGGAGGAUUUUGACGGGGAUAUGCAGCGGAUGAAGGCCAAUCCGAAGGUGAGGGAGUGGUGGGGGUUGACGGAUGGGAUGCAGGAGAGUCUGAUUCCUGGGGCUAUUGGAAGUGCUGAAGGUCCUGGGUGGUGGAAGGUGUUGGAUGAGGUGUUUUAUACUGAAUAG